UUAUUUGAAAAGUUUCGUAACAAAGACGAUGGAUGGGCCCAAAAAUUUGGUAAUCUUUACAAGAAUCCAAGCUUGAAGCUGAAGAACAUGCCUAAUUUUUCUGUUUCCAAGUUCAUCCAAUAAGAAUCUGGGCGUCUCCAGCAGUGUUUUUGAUACCUGUUCUUCAUUCAUUCCCAUGGAGAAUCUCAUCUAUCUCAUCCUUCUCAUCUCCAUCUUCCCCAUUUCAAUCCAAUCCAAAGUUUCGAUUUCGAUUUCCCCUUCUACUCUCAACAAAUCCGGCGAUCCAGUUCAAAUCCAAUGGUCUGGAGUCGAAUCUCCCUCCAAGCUCGACUGGCUUGGAAUUUACUCGCCUCCAAAUUCGUCUCACAAGCAUUUCAUCGGCUAUGUUUUUCUUUCUUCGUCUCCCGGCUGGGAAUCCGGCUCCGGAUCCGUUACAAUCCCCUUAGUCAACCUCCGAUCCAAAUACUCCUUCAGGAUUUUUCGAUGGACCGAAUCGGAGAUUGACGAUAAGCAUCAUGACCACGACAACAACCCUCUGCCUGGAACGAAGCACCUCCUUGCAUCCUCGGAAGAGCUCCGAUUUAGCCCCGGCCGCGGUCCGGAGCAGAUCCAUCUGGCGUUCACGGACCAGGAUGAUGAAAUGAGAGUGAUGUUCGUGACGGAAGAUGGAUCGGAAAGGUUGGUGAGGUAUGGAGAGAAGGAGGAGGAGCUUGAUCAGAUUGUUGCGGCUCGUGUUGCGAGGUACGAGAGGAAGCACAUGUGCGAUUCCCCUGCUAAUGACAGCAUUGGCUGGAGGGAUCCUGGUUUCAUUCAUGAUGCUGUUAUGACAAACUUGCAGAAUGGAUCUAGGGUUUAUUAUCAGGUCGGAAGUGAGUCCAAAGGUUGGAGUAGCAUUCAAAACUUUAUGUCUCGUAAUGAGGACUCAGAUGAAACAAUUGCUUUCCUUUUUGGUGACAUGGGAGCUGCAACGCCAUACACGACUUUUGUCCGAACACAAGACGAGAGUAUAUCGACUGUUAGGUGGAUACUUCGUGACAUCGAAGCUCUCGGUGACAAACCUGCAUUUGUCUCUCACAUUGGAGAUAUCAGCUAUGCAAGGGGUCAUUCAUGGUUGUGGGACGUUUUCUUCAAUCAGAUUGAACCUGUGGCAUCCAAGGUUGCAUACCAUGUAUGUAUUGGCAAUCAUGAAUAUGAUUGGCCUCUUCAGCCAUGGAAGCCCGACUGGGCGUCCGGUAUAUAUGGUAAAGACGGGGGAGGAGAAUGUGGGGUGCCAUACAGUUUGAAGUUCAACAUGCCAGGAAAUUCAUCAGAACCGACUAAAGCCAACGGCGUGCCUACUCGAAACCUUUUCUACUCGUUUAACAUGGGAUCCGUGCAUUUUGUAUACAUAUCUACAGAAACCAAUUUCCUUAAAGGAAGUAGGCAGUUUUCAUUCUUAGAGCGUGAUUUGGAGUCUGUUGAUAGGAAGAAGACGCCGUUCGUGGUAGUACAAGGACAUAGACCGAUGUACACGACGAGCAACGAACUUAGAGACACGCCAUUGAGGGAGAAAAUGCUGCACCAUUUGGAACCAUUGUUUGUGAAAAACAACGUGACAUUGGCAUUAUGGGGUCAUGUUCAUAGGUACGAGAGAUUUUGCCCGCUUAAAAACUACACUUGUGGAAGUAUGGGUGUGGAUGGAGAAGACUGGGAGGCAUUACCCGUCCAUCUUGUUAUUGGGAUGGCUGGACAAGAUUGGCAGCCUAUCUGGGAGCCGAGACCAAACCACCUCGAUGUCCCAAUCUUCCCACAACCAAAGCGAUCGAUGUACCGCGGAGGCGAGUUUGGGUACACCAGAUUGGUUGCUACGAAAGAGAAGCUAACAAUCUCUUAUGUCGGAAACCACGACGGAGAGGUACACGAUUCGGUUGAGAUUUUGGCAUCAGGGCAGGUUGUAAAUGGCGGUGUCGGUGCAAAGUUCAACGAGAGUGUCAAGAACUCGAGGUCGAGAAAUGGGAUGCUAGAAUCCUCAUUCUCAUGGUAUGUGAUGGGAGGAAGUAUUUUGGUACUUGGAGCGUUCAUAGGAUACAUAGUUGGAUUUGUAUCACAUGCAAGGAAGUCAAGAAAUAACUGGACUCCUGUGAAGACUGAAGAGUUGCAAUGAAGUGAAUGAAACUGGAGAUUAUGUCUGUGUGUAUAGUUGCAACCAUGUUUUGAAUCAGAAAGGGAAAGUGUUUGUAAAUAGGUAUUUGACUUCCUGGUGCUGAUCAAGAGCAGUGUGAGGUAUGUAUUAGUGGAAUAUUUGGGUUUUUUUUUUUUUUUUUUUUUUUUUUUUU